AUGGCCGACCAAGAUGAAGCAGCUUUAGCUGAGCUUAAAAAGAAGCGUACGUUUCGUAAAUUUACUUACAGAGGUGUUGAUCUUGACCAGUUGCUUGAUUUAAACAGAAACCAACUGGCUCAACUGUUACACGCCCGAGGUCGAAGAAAAUUGACUCGAGGUCUUAAACGUAAGCAUCUAGCGUUUCUUGCUCGUUUGCGCAAGGCUAAAAAAGAAGCACCUUAUCUGGAAAAACCAGCAACAGUAAAAACUCAUCUUCGCGAUAUGAUUGUUCUUCCUGAAAUGGUUGGUUCAAUGGUUGGAGUUUAUAAUGGCAAAAUUUUUAAUCAGAUCGAAAUUAAGCCUGAAAUGAUUGGGUAUUACUUGGGUGAAUUCGCUAUAACGUAUAAGCCGGUUAAACACGGUCGUCCAGGUAUCGGUGCAACACAUUCAUCACGGUUCAUUCCACUUAAGUGA